GAGGGGCGUCGGCGGUUGCCAUGGGGGACGAGGGAGGCGAACGCGCCUGCGCGCGCGGGCGCGGAUGGGCUGCCUCGGGCGCGCGCGCCGAGUCCUCCGUCAGCCCCGCAGGGAAGGAGGGAAAGGCAGGCAGACGAGUCGGCCGGGCGGCCGCAGAGGCGGAGAAAGCUGAGGCAGUUCUUGAGGCGCUCGCGCUGCCACGACUUGGCCGGGAGAAGGUGGCCGCCGCCGCCGCCGCUCCGCGAAGACUCUUCCUACAAGCGCAGAAUACAGAGGCAGAAAGAAGCUUUGAAUGGACAGUGAUUAAUGAUACAAUGAAGGCCUGGAGUGAUAGUCAGUCAGACCUUUAUAGCAGUGACCUAGAAGAAGAGGAAGAAAUGAUUUUUGGAGAAAACGAAGAAGACUUGGAAGAGAUGAUGGAUUUAAGUGAUCUUCCUACCUCACUCUUUGCUUGCAGUGUUCAUGAAGCAGUAUUCGAAGUUCAAGAGCAAAAGGAAAGAUUUGAAGCACUUUUCACAAUCUACGAUGCUCAUGUUACGUUCCAGUUAUUUAAAAGCUUCCGAAGAGUAAGGAUAAACUUUAGCAAUCCAGAAGCGGCAGCCAGAGCACGGAUAGAAAUCCACGAGAGAGAUUUCAAUGGGAAGAAAUUGAAGCUAUAUUUUGCCCAGGUUCAGGUGCCCAGUGAAGUGGGAGACAAGUCUUACCUUUUGCCCCCCAAGCCUGUCAAACAGUUCCUGAUCUCUCCUCCUGCAUCCCCACCCGUAGGAUGGAAACCGAGUGAAGAUGCUACUCCUAUGAUAAACUAUGACUUGCUUUGCGCUGUUUCAAAAUUGGGGCCUGGGGAAAAGUACGAGCUUCAUGCUGGAACCGAAUCCACUCCAAGCGUUGUGGUCCAUGUGUGUGAAAGUGAAACUGAAGAGGAAGAGGAAGUGAAAAAUCCCAAGCAGAAGAUAGUGCAAACUCGGCGCCCGGACCCACCACCCACCUUAAUAAGUGAAACAAAAACUCUUGAAUGUAUGCUAGAAGUAGGAGGUGGGAUGCACUACUGAUUCGAAGCUAUUUAAUCAUGGCAGUGGAUGAUUACUCCCAUUUGCAUUGCUGCAUCCUGUGUAGCAGCAACGGACUCCUCUUGCUAUCAUCUCACAUCAAGAAGACAUUUUGAAGAGCACUUUAAUUUUUAAGGUCAACUUCCAAGAUGUAGCAAAUCCGCUAGGCUGCCAAUCCUAGGAGAGUGCCAUUUCUGGUAAUCUAUGUUACCAUCCUCUUGGUGUUUGUAAGGCUGAAGGAACUUGGCUGCUGCCAUUUGUAUAUGGGCUACCACAUGGUUUUGUAUGUGAGUCUUUCAUGCAUAUUUUUGUGUGCUGGUGUAUACCAUGAAUCUGAUUCACUUGAUGUUCUAAGUAAUCUAGUGACAAAUUAUACAUGUAAUGUACAAUGUACAUUGUUAUGAGUAGGAGAAUCUCAAACUGUUUUUGAGGUGAUAGAAUCAAAUAUUCAAGCAAGUUUGUUUUUGUGGUUUCUGGGGUUUUUCUUUUCUUUUCUUAUAGGUGCCAUAGUUGUGUGUGUUGAAUGUCAAGGUAUUCUUGUGAAUUGGUGUAAGACAAAAACAAAUUGGGAGUUGUAAUACUUCUUUUCUGCCCACUGCAAUUAGGAAACUUAAAAAAUUGAAAUGCCCAUAAGGAUACAGUGGAGAAUGGAUUCAUUACCUUUGGAGCACAUCUUUUUGAUCUGUAGUUUUCUACCUACUAUGGUUAUGUCCUACAUGAGAUACAGUAUUUCGAAAGCAAGGAGUAUCUUCUCCUGCAGCUUGUUCUUCAUUGUCCGUUUUCAGAAUAUUCUGGUUGGCCAAGCGAGUAGAUUAGCCCUCUCGAUCUUCACUUUCCCGUCACUGUAACUGUUUUCCAUUAUGUAUGUAUUUAUCAUUUCUACGAUCAGGUCACACAUGCUGUGUCAAGAUGUUUAGCCAUGGCUUGUUCUACAAGCCAUAGUAACCUGGUUUAUUGAUGAAGCUAAGCCAAAAAGAAACCAGCUGCAAUUAUGUCUUAUGCAAUAUGUGAAUCAGCCUGAUGUCUUAUAGAGAAUGCAAGUCAACAUUUCCCAGUGAGCUUCUGGUUGAAUUGCUUGUUUAUUGCCUGAUUUUCUUUUUCUCCCUGGGCAUCAAAUCAUGUAGCUUAAUUAUAUCUGAGGAAGUAAGGAAAGAGGUACAUCAAGAUAACUUGCAUUCUGCUGUGCAGGAGGAAGGUGACCGUUCAGGUACAGAAACUUGAGAAAUAAGGUUAGACCAGUUGUGCAAAUUGUUCUCUAUGCCUGCCUUUCUCUUCCCAAUGUCUUUCUGCAAAAUACCACUUUUAUUCAAUUAUUUAUGUAAUACUACAUGUCUGAAAGUAAAUACUUUUUAUGGCUGAAAUAAAUGGAAAAACA